AGGUUCCAGUAAGAAAUGGUAGGAAUCAACUCUGAGAACUUGUGGUCAUGGCUCGGAAAUCGAAGAAGAACAAAAAAGCAAAGCUCGUCGUAUUCCAGAGUGCACCUCAGGAGUCCCCGGUCCAUCAUCUCCUCCGUCCAGAGGGAGCCAAACGGGGAGAGGGAAGUCUUCAAGCUGAAGAUGGGGUACGAAGACGAGGACGAAGACGGAGAGAAUCCGGCGUGCAGGGAGAGGAACGCUUUCUUGGGGCGCGUCACUCACCUCCACCUGGAGGGGAAAGGUAUCACUCAUAUCGAGAGCCUGUCAUCUUGUCCAGAAGUUCGCGUCGUCUUUUUGCAACAUAAUCACCUCACCCGGCUGGCCAAUCUUCGCCCCCUUCGGAUGCUGCAGGAACUCUACCUUCAGGAUAACCACAUCAUGCGGAUCGAAGGGCUAAAGGAACUCCACAACCUUCGACGUCUUCUCAUCCCCGGGAACCGCAUAGGCGUUGUCGAGGGCCUUCCGCAGGGCCUUGAGGAACUCCACAUUCAGAACCAGAGGCUUCCCCCAGGCGACGCCCUUGUGCUUGAUCCUCACGCCAUGACGAAUGUUCAGGCAACAUUGAGACUCCUGGACGUCACCGGAAAUCGACUUAUGGAGAUGGGAGCAGUAGGCCUUCUGACGAGACUUCGGGUCUUUCGAGCUGAGAACAACGACCUGGACUCACUGAGUCACGUGACAGCCGUAGUGAGUCGUCUGAACCAUUUACAAGAACUGUACCUAUCUGGCAACCCUGUCACCGCCCAUAGGAGAUACCAUCUCUCUAUGGUCCUUGCUUCUCCUCCAUCUCUCGAGAUCUUAGACAAGAAGCAAAUCACCCCACUGUCCAGAGAUUUCAUAGUACAGACGGAAUGUCAUCGUCUUGCAAGGAGGAAAAGAGCGCAGCAGAAAGGGAGCGGGCCACCUAAGAUUAACAGCCAAAUAUUCACAACGGAGACCCAUUUCCUCUUCACAUCUGUCACGAAAGUCGGACCACCAGGCAAGGAAAUCUUGUUCUAUAUAAUAUAA